AUGUUACAACCCAACAGCUAUGAACCUUACUCAUCGGUGUCCUUCCAGCACAAACAACCCACUUCGCCAUUGCCUGGUCCAGGUGACGAUGGCAAGAACAACACUCGAUACCGUGAAGCAUUCUUGGACGCACUCAUGGAAAGUCGACCCACACUCGCCACAAGCAACACAAAGAAACGACGAUGGCAUUUACGACGACAGCAUAGAAACCGGUUGAUUGUAGCCCUUGCAAUCUUGCUAUUCUUUGUCUAUUUGUUCUCCAACACCAUUGCGAUCUAUUGGGCAUUCUUCCGGAUCAAGCUUGACAAUGCACUCUUUGACCGUGGGUGGGUACCAUGUGGUGUGCUUCGUAAGGAGCCCAUGUUGUAUAUCCAAGACACAUACCAUGUCCAAGUUGUAUGGGAGAUGAAUUGUGGUACGCGUGAUAUGCAAGUCAGUUGGCAACGUGAUGCCGAGCAGCAACAACAAGAAGCGACGACGACAUCAUCACCUAUUGAACCCCUUGUUCUUGAUAAGCGUCAUUCAUUGUACAAAGCAACUAUUGGACCAUUGAAGGAAGGAGGCGAAUACACGUAUCGUAUUGAAACCAUUCAUCCAUCGAAGCGAUUGGUGGCACGCCAUUCUUUCCAUUGGGAUGCAUCAACCAGUGAUCACCAGCAACAACCGAUUCGCAUGGCUGCUAUGGCCGAUAAUCAAUUUGGAUUACGCACCUUUGUAUCAUUGUUACGGCGGAUCAACAAACGAGUGGAAUAUCUUAUUCAUGCAGGCGAUGCUGUACAGAAUUAUCCAUCCUUGCGACAAUGGCAAACCGAUUUCGUGGGUCCGUUGACCUAUUAUGGAUUGGGACAAACCAUGCCAAUGAUCUACGCCCAUGGUAACCAUGAUCAUGAUCCCACUUACGAAUAUCAUUAUACACGUGUCAGCCCUUCAAGUGAUCCAUGGUAUGCAUUUUCAAUGGCGGAUGGGGCUAUCCGAUUCGUGAUUCUCGACAGCAACUUGGAUUGGGAACAACAAGAUGAAUGGCUUCGGCGUGAAUUGGCAGGACAUGCUUUUCAACAUGCUACAUUUCGUGUGGUCGUGGUUCAUGUUCCUCCUUUUCUCGAAUAUUGGGAUCCGGAUGCAUGGAAUAACAAGGGCCAGAAAGAAUGGGGCUCCUUUGUCAAGACACGGUUUGUGCCCUUGUUUGAGAAAUACGGUGUGGAUCUUGUGAUUUCAGGCCAUCAGCAUAAUUAUGAGCGAGGACAACACAACGGCAUUCAUUAUACCAUCAUUGGCGGUGCUGGUGGCGAUCUCGACUUUGAACGUGUUGAAAAUUAUGGCAUGUACGAAGCCACGUCCCUCGACUUCCACUUUGUCUUGCUUGAAUUCCGCCCACCAACACAACACAAUGCACCUUGGCAACUUGUUUGGGAAACAUACAAUUUGAAUGGUCGCAAGAUUGAUUCCGUAACGCUUGAAUCCAAACCACGUACACCCAUUAUUGAGGAAUCCAAUGACUCCGUACUAGGCCAAGGUGCUGUCACUGGUGAAACGAUCGAGGAACUCACAUAUAAUGAGCUGCUUGACAAUAAUCCACAGCUGGAAGAAGAACUCUUGGAUGAAAACGAGGAUGAUGAUAUAGUGUAA